CUAUAUUCAGGCAUAGUAGUGGACGGUUUACACUAUAUGACCUUAAAUUGAACAAUUUUACAAGAAAGGAGACAGAACAGGCUUGGCUCUUAACGCGUUCAGAUGCGGCCUGCAAGCCCCGCCCCAUACACCUGAGCGGCUCCGCCCACGCCCUGGCUUAGGUGAGGCUCCGUGGACCACAUUUCCCAGCGGGCCCUGCAGGUCUCCGCGCCUGCGCACGGCUGCAGAGGCGGCUGGAGCAACUCCCGCGCUAUCCAGCCGCCUGGUCGCUUCUCGCCUGGUGUCUGACCUGGGCAUGGAGGGGGUCCCGGUGCUGACAAGGGCAAACGCGGCCGCUGCCAAGGCGGAGGGAGCCGCAGCCGUGCCGCCCCCACCGCCCAGCUCCCCUCCUGCCCUCACCCCGGCGCCCGCAGCGGGUGAAGAGGAUCCGCCGCCUUUGCCCGAGGAGGGGGCUCCAGGCUGCUCGGGCUCCCGGCCCCCGGACCUGGAGCCGGAGCGCAGCCUGGGCCGCUUGAGGGGCCGCUUCGAGGACGAGGACGAGGAGUUGGAAGAGGAUGAGGAGCUGGAGGAAGAAGAGGAGGAGGAGGAGGAGGAAGAAAUGAGCCACUUCUCGCUGCGGCUGGAGGGGUGCCGGCCGGAAUCCGAGGAUGAGGAAGAGCGCCUGAUUAAUCUCUCUGAGCUGACCCCAUACAUCUUGUGUUCCAUCUGCAAAGGUUACUUAAUAGAUGCAACUACCAUUACAGAAUGUCUUCAUACAUUUUGUAAAAGCUGCAUUGUAAGACAUUUUUACUAUAGCAACAGAUGUCCAAAAUGCAACAUAGUAGUACAUCAGACACAACCGCUUUAUAACAUAAGGUUGGACCGGCAGUUACAAGACAUAGUGUACAAAUUAGUGAUCGAUCUAGAGGAAAGAGAAAAAAAGCAAAUGCAUGAUUUCUAUAAAGAAAGAGGUCUAGAAGUACCUAAACCUGCUGUUCCACAGCCAGUCCCAUCAAGCAAAGGGAGAUCUAAAAAAGCCUUAGAAUCGGUGUUUCGGAUUCCACCUGAACUUGAUAUGUCUUUAUUACUAGAAUUCAUUGGUGCUAAUGAAGGCACAGGACAUUUUAAGCCAUUGGAAAAGAAGUUUGUCCGAGUUUCAGGAGAGGCAACUAUUGGGCAUGUAGAAAAGUUUCUCAGAAGAAAAAUGGAUCUUGAUCCAGCUUGUCAGGUAGAUAUCAUUUGUGGCGAUCACUUGUUGGAACGAUAUCAAACUCUAAGGGAAAUUCGACGUGCUAUAGGUGAUGCAGCAAUGCAGGAUGGUCUUCUGGUCCUUCAUUAUGGUCUUGUGGUUUCUCCUCUGAAAAUUACUUGAAGAUUCUAAGAGUAUCAGGAGGGAGGAGAGAAACAAAAUAAGGUGGCUUCUGCAGGCUUGCAUCUCACCAAAGAUUUUUAUGAAACGUUAUUGCUGCCAUUUUGUGCUAAGACAUAACAUCUGUUUUUAGCACCAAGCAUCAUAAUAUUUAUAAGUACAACUUGGAAUGCUAGAAUGUAUCUGUUUUACUAGCAACUAUAUAGAAAAAGUAUCCAUAGCUCAGGGGGAAAUUUUCAAAGUACUGAAUUUUUAAAUUUCUUGUGAUUUCAAAUACUUCAAUAAUGAUUUUGCUUCCUAAUCUUUUGUGUAAAUCAGUUACUACUUCCCUCAUUGAGCUAUAUCCUUUUUAAGUUGAUGGUUUGGAUUCGGCUCUCUGGGAUGGUAUCAAUAGGGCAGGAAGGAAGUAUGCUUUUGAAAUGAAGAUUCAAAGCCAGUCUUCAUUAAACUAUACAGACUGUACCCCUAAAACAAAGACCAAAACUAUCGGUCACUUUUGUGUGUUGCCAUCAUAUUUUGAACUUGUUUGUUUGUUUUUUUCUUUUCUUUUUUUACCAGCAACACUACUAAAGAGUUGUUAUUCACUUCUAAACAGGAUAAAUUACCGUUAUUCCAUGUGAGGAGACUAUCUCCUGAAUGGCUUAUGGCCCAUACCAUAAGCCUUCAGUAUAAUAAAAACUUCUUUAACAUAUCUUGCAACAAGGCGUGCCUCUUUGCAACAGAUUUUUAUUUCUAGAAAGUUAAUUUGAUUAACAUUCAUUUCACUUGAGUACAUAGUAUGAUAAACAAUACCUUGUAAUGGCACUGCUUAUGAAAGUAAUAAAGAUUUUGAGAAGUUUACAGAAUACUUAUUCAUUUUUUCCUCAGCAAGUCAGUUUAAUGUUCAUUUUUCCAUUACUUUGUCACUGGGACAAAGAAUACGGGUGUUUGAGACCUCACUCACUUGUAUAUAGAUUUCAGUUUUAAACAUUAUUUUGCCUAAGAUUAGCAUUUUGAUAGCUUCCUAAAAUAAAUAUUUUGUAGACCCUGUUUCACUACAAAAUUUGCAAUUCUGCAUAGAAACAAUUACAAUUGGGUAAAAAUUGGCAAUUGUUUUAUACAAAAUUUGUUAAUUGUGUAUAAGUUUCUUCUAACAUUUAAUAAAAAGUUUAAAUAAAAAUUUAUUUUAACCU